CCAGGCACGAAAGUUACAUGAACAUGAACACCGCCGAAGAUCUUGACUAUCCAAGGCAACUGCUCGAAUAUAAAGAUGGCUUUAUGGUCUCUAAGACCAUGUUUGCAGCUUGCGAGUUCGGAGUCUUUGACCUUUUGCAUGAAUCAACUGAGCCAUUGUCCACAAAAGUCAUUGCCUCUCGCUUGAAUAUAAACAUAGAUGGAGCAGAUCGUUUACUAAGUGCUUGCGUAGGACUAAAGCUCUUGGAAGUAGAAAUUAAAAAUGGUGAAGCUUUCUAUACAAAUACAGAUGUUUCAAGGAUAUACCUCAUAAAGUCAAGUCCAAAAUCGCUUUACCAUAUGAUGAUGUACCAUUCUCACACCAUGUACAGAUGCUGGCAUUUCCUACCACAGGCUGUAAGAGAAGGAAAAAACCAGUAUGAAAGGACUUUUGGAAUAUCUUCAAAAGAUUUAUUUGAAGCUCUUUACAGGUCAGAAGACGAAAUGAAAACCUUUCUACUUCAUAUGGAUUCAAUAUGGAACAUAUGUGGGAAGGCUGUGAUUACUGCUUUUGACUUGUCUACAUUUAAGACAGUCUAUGAUUUAGGAGGGUGUUCGGGAGCUCUUGCCAAGCAGUUUGUUGCUGUGUAUCCUGAAUCUACCGUGACAAUUUUGGAUCUGCCUAAAGUUGUGCAAGCUGCAAAGAAACACUUUAUGACCGACAAGGAAUGGCCAAUUAACUUUCAUGAAGGAGAUUUCUUUAAUGACACUAUUCCUGAAGCUGACCUAUUUAUUAUGGCUCGCAUAAUUCAUGACUGGUCAGAGGAAAAAUGCCUUCAGUUGCUAAAUAAAGUUUACAAGUCAUGCAAACCUGGAGGUGGUGUUCUGCUUGUUGAAGUGCUACUAAAUGAAGACAGAAGUGGUCCUCUAACUUCCCAGCUGUACUCUUUGAACAUGUUGAUCCAGACAGAAGGCAAAGAAAGGACUGCAUCCGAAUAUGAGAUGCUCCUGGCAGCCUCAGGCUUCAGGGAUAUUCAAGUGAAAACAACCGGAAAAGAUUAUGAUGCUAUACUAGGGAGAAAAUAAAACAUUACUUUUGCAGCUUAUAUAACAUUUGUGUUUCGUUUUGUAUCUAUUAGAAAUAUGCAUAAUAUAGCAGCACUUAUUUUAGAAUAAAUGCAAUUUAUGCAUCUUAGGAAAAUAAGUUAUUGUUCAUUUUGUCAAGUAAAAUGAUAGACAUUUCACAUCAAUCUAGAGUUUAUAAUACUGCAGUACAUUUACCAAUCAGUUAAUAAAGUUACUUAUUAUAGGA